UUCUCUCUUUUUCCUCACAAAUUCUUGAAAAAUGUUCUUUUUUUGUUUCUUUGGGUACUUUUUCACUUCAUAGAUACAUUGCUACAGAGAAAAAAAAGAAAGAAGAAAAACUGUCCCUCUCCCUCGUCAUUUCUGUCCGAAGAGGGAAGAAGGCGGGUACUACUACAAUUUCCCUAAAAUUUUCAGCCAAGAUCCAUUUCUUCCCGCCUCCCAAAAACCAUUUACUAGGUUCUAAAAAAAUUCUCUCUGUUCUUUUUAACCUUGUUGUGUUGAUUAAUUUUGCAUUUUCUCAUUUUGAAAUUGGAAAAUCAAUGGCAGGUUGGUCGAAAUCCAGCUACAAAAAACCCAAAAACCCGAAAAGGCCUGUCAGAAAUGAAGUAGACUAUGAUAAUACAAAGCUAUUAUUCAUAGAAGUACUUACUAUAUUCAUUAAACAAGUUACUGGGGAUUUGUUUUAUAGGCCAUUACCACCAAUGUUAGGUGAUGGAAAAUCAGUUGAUUUAUUCAAGCUUUAUUUGGUUGUAAGGGAAAAUGGUGGGUAUGAGGGUGUUUGUGAAAAUGGGUUAUGGGGUUUAAUGGCUGAGAAUUGUGGGUUCAAUUCGGGUAAUGGGUUUGGUUUGAAAUUGGUUUAUGUUAAGUAUCUGGAUGUGUUUGAGAAAUGGAUGUUGAGAGUAAAGAGAAGGGGGGCUGGGGAAUGUGAGUUGGGUGAAGUUGAGUUGGAUUUGAAGGAGGUUUUAGCAAAAGUUGAGGAGGAAAAGGCGAGAGAUGGCGGAAAUGGGAAGUGGAAAUUGAUGAAGAAAGGUGAUGAUGGUGUUGAGGUUCGAGGUUUAGUGGGGUUGAAUGGAAAUACUGGGGGAUUUGAGUGUAAAAGUAAUUUGGACGAAGAGCAUAUGAAGUUCGUUGAUGGAAAGGAUGACUCGUUAAUAAAGUCUAGUAGAAAGAGGAAGAAAGGUAAAAAUGUGAAGUGUAAGUUGAGGAAAAAAGGUGAAGAGGUGUGUGAUGAUGAUGUCGAGGGUCAGGCUUUUGAGGGGUUGAGUGAAAGUAUUGUGAAAUUUGACAGUAAAAGUAAUUUGGACGAAGAGCAUUUGCAGGUUGUCGGUGGAAAGGAUGACUCAUUGAUGAAGUCUAGUAUGGUUGAGAAAGAUUGUUUUAGUAGGAAGAGGAAGAAAGGUGGAAAUGUGAAAUGUAAGUUGAGGCAGAAAAGUGAAGAGGCGUGUGAGGAUGGUGCUAAGGGUCGGGGGUUUGAGGGGUUGAAUGGAAGUACUGAGGGAUUUGAGGGUAAAAGUAAUUUGGACGAAGAACAUUUGAAGUUUGUCGAUGGAAAGGAUGACUCAUUAACGAAGUCUAGUGUGGUUGAGAAAGAUUGUAUAAGUAGGAAGAGGAAGAAAGGUGAAAAUGUGAAUUGUAAGUUGAGUAGAAAAGGUGAAGCGGUGUGUGCUGAUGGUGUUGAGGGUCGGAGCUUUGAGGGGUUGAAUGAAGGUAUUGAGAGAUUUGAGGGUAAAAGUAAUUUGGGCAGCAAUGUGAUUACUAGGAGUUUGAAGUUUGUCGAUGGAGCAGAUGACUCAUUAAAAAAAUCUAGUAGGAAGAGGAAGAAAGGUGAAAAUGUGAACUGUAAGUUGAGGAAAAAAGGUGAAGAGGUGUGUGAUGAUGGUGUUGAGGUUUGGAGUUUGAAGUUUGUCGAUGGAGCAGAUGACUCGUUAAAAAAGUCUAGUAGGAAGAGGAAUAAAGGUGAAAAUGUGAAUUGUAAGUUGAGGAUGAAAGGUGAAGAGGUGUGUGAUGGUGAUGCCGAGGCUCGGCGUUUUGUGGGGUUGAAUGGAAAUACUGAGGGAUUUGAUGGUAAAAGUAAAGUGAAGGAUAUUGAAGAAAAUAAGAAUUUUGUCUAUGACGAAGAGCAAUUGAAGUUUGUCAAUGGAACAGAUGGCUCGUUAACAAAGUCUAGUAUGGUUAAGGAAGAUUGUAUUAGUAGGAAGAGGAAGAAAGGUGAAAAUGUGAAUUGUAAGUUGAGGAAGAAAGCUGAAGAGGUAUGUGAUGAUGUUGAGGCUGGGGGUUUUGAGGGGUUGAAUGGAAGUAUUGUAAAAUUUGAUGGUAAAAGUAAUUUGGACGAAGAGCAUUUGAAGUUUGUUGAUGGAACAAAUGACUCGUUAACGAAGAUUAGUAUGGUUGAGGAAGAUUGUAUUAGUAGGAAGAGGAAGAGAGCUUUUGAUACCAUAGAUGGUGAACAGUUGUGUGAUGGCGUCGAGGCUCGGGGUUUUGGUGGGUUGAAUGGAAGUACUGAGGGAUUUGAUGGUAAAAGUAAUUUGGACAGCAAUGUGAUUACAAGGAGUGUUGUCUAUGAAGAAGAGAAUUUGAAGUUUGUGGAUGGAACAGAUGACUCGUUAACGAAGUCUAGUGUGGUUGAGGAGGAUUGCAUUAGUAGGAAGAGGAAGCGAGAAUCUUAUUUGGAUUUGGUGAAGUGGGUUAGUGAAGUUGCGAGAAAUCCUUGUGAUCCUGCUAUUGGUAUUUUGCCGGAAAGGUCUAAGUGGAAGGAUUAUGGGACUGAAGUGGUAUGGAAGCAGGUUCUGCUGAUGCGAGAUGACAUGCUUUUGAAAAGGGAUGUGGAUACGUGUGGCCAGUACUCAAUAUUGCAGAUAAAACAGAAGAUGCAUCCAUCUAUUUAUGAUGAUACUUCUGGUUCUGGAAGAUUAAGAUGCAGCCAGCGAGUCCUAUCUGCAAAAGAUCAUCUGAAAAAGAUGCGUGCACAGCAGUUUUCAGUGUCACCUUCAAGCUCUCAUAGUGGCGAGGAUCAGGUCGAUGGACCAACUUCUGCAGAGUUGGCAGUUGGUUUUUGGUGGAAACAGCGCAGAAAGAGAAUACCAGUUGGGUCACAGUUUCAAGCAGAUGUUCCCAAAUGGAUUGAGGAGGUCUAUGAAAGUGACUCUAAAUGGUUGGGCAUGGGAAUCUGGCCGCUAGACAAACGAGGGAAAAAAAGAACGUUAAUUGACAGAGGUCCUAUUGGGAAAGGAAGGCAAGAUACCUGUGGCUGCAAAUCCCGAGGUUCUUAUGACUGUGUCAAGUUUCAUCUUUCCGAGAAAAGAAGGAAGCUUAAGAUUGAUUUGGGAUCAGCUUAUUAUCAAUGGAAAUUUGACUAUAUGGGUGAAGAAGUUGCACUUUCUUGGUUAAAAGAAGAAGAACAGAAAUUUCAGGAUAUAGUGAAGUCGAACCCUUUGUCCGAGGAGAAGAGUUUCUGGAAUGAGAUAUUUAAGUUCUUUUCAAACAAAAACAGGGAGUCUUUGGUAAGCUACUACUUUAAUGUCUUCCUUCUACGGCGCAGGGGCAACCAGAAUAGGAGUCAUGCCAGUAAUGUUGACAGUGAUGAUGAUGAAUCAGAAUAUGGACCUAGAUUUGAUUGUUUUGGGCGGGAUGCUAAGUUCUCUAUCUUUCGUUCCCCAAGGAAAAGCACACCCGGGUCAGAGGCGGUACAAGAAUUUUGAAUGUGGUCAUGACAUUUCCGGUAACUGUAAAAUAUCUGAGUUUUGUUGUGCUUUUGCUCUUCAGCAAGUUAUUUCUUUUACAACUGCAGAGACAUGAUCCCAUCUUGGAGUUGUACAAUUUUUUUGAGUUUGAACAACGGAAAGUCAAAAGAUAAUGAGUUUUUCUCUAUUUCUUAGCCCGAACAGCUUCUCCCCAUCGUUUUGACCACGAACAUGUGUACGGAUGUUGCUUUACAACAAGUUCUUGAAGUAGUGAAGUACUCAAAAGUACAGGAGGGACAAGAUUACAAGGAAGAGUCUCUCUUAACAGCAAAAUGUUUUUCUAAGUUGAUGUACACAUGCUGUUGCACUUUCUGAUAUCCUCAUUGUUUAAUGAGAUUAUAUUUUCCAAACU